UACCGCUCGGCGUCCAUCCCUGACGGCAGCAGUACAUCCUGCGUCCUAUAGGCUAAUCAGGUCACAGCUUCACCUCAAUCUCAGCAUCCUCCUCCUCCUCCUCUUUCCUGAUCCGAAGAGGACGUAGGGCUACGUGUUUUUUAUCCGCUAUCAUGGUGGGGAUGAUGGAUCUAGGGCGCCUCCUCGUCCCGCUGCUGAUGCUGACGGGGUCCACCCUCCAGACCGACGCGAAGAGCGGAAAAGAGGCGGAGAGGACGGGGAAUUUCAUGGAAGACGAGCAGUGGCUGGCCACCAUUUCACAGUACAGCCGGAAGAUCAAGCACUGGAACCGCUUCAGAGACGAGGUAGAGGAUGACUAUGUCCGUACUUGGGAUGAAAAUCAGGACUCAAAUGAGAAUGUAGACACCACCAAGGACCCCUGCCAGAAGGUUAAAUGCAGCCGACAUAAGGUGUGCAUUGCCCAGGGCUAUCAGAGAGCCGUGUGCGUCAACCGCAAGAAGCUGGAGCACAGACUCAAACAGCCGGCUCUUAGGUCUCCUGAGGGCAAUUGUCAGCCCUGUCCCAUCUCCUCCGCCGGACCUGUGUGCGGAUCGGAUGGACACAACUAUGCAUCAAAGUGCAAGCUGGAGCAGCAGGCAUGUCUUACUGGAAAAGAUCUCACUCUGAAGUGUCCCGGCCUGUGUCCCUGUCCAACUGAUGCCCCUGUUCCUAAAGAGACAAAACAUGAGAGCUGCACUGGGCAGGAUCUGGCUGAUCUGGGAGACCGUCUGAGGGACUGGUUCCAGCUGCUACAGGGCAACGCCAAGGAAAACAACAACAGCAAGCCCGGGACAGUCACCACCACAGCCCGGGCCAGCACUGCAUCAGUGCUGGACAGGAGCCUCGUGGCCAGUUGUAAGGACUCCAUAGGCUGGAUGUUCUCCAAGCUGGACACCAACAGUGACUUAUAUCUGGACCAGGCAGAGCUGGCUGCCAUCAACCUAGACAAAUAUGAGAUCUGCAUUCGGCCCUUCUUCAACUCAUGCGAUUCCUUCAAAGAUGGCAAGGUGUCCACAGCUGAGUGGUGUCUGUGCUUCUGGAGAGAGAAGCCCCCCUGCCUGGCUGAGCUUGAGAGGAUCCAGGUAAAGGAGGGAGGAAAGAGGAAGUUUGGUCUAUUCAUCCCCAGCUGUGAUGAAGAUGGUUUCUACAGGAAGCAGCAGUGUGACAGGGGAGAGUGCUGGUGUGUCAACCAGCACGGAGUAGAAACUGACGGAUCCAGGAUUCAUGGAAAGCCUGACUGUGAUGAUGAAGCGGCAUAUUCAGGUGAUUUUGGCAGCGGGGUUGGUUGGGAGGACGAGGAGGAGAAAGAGGCAGAGGAGAAUCCAGAAGAAACUGAAGAGGAAGAGGGAGAGGUGGGAGAGGUAGAUGAUGCGGGAUAUAUCUGGUAAAGGGGUUGACACCUGGUUUAACGCAACUACAGGAGGAUCUCAAUAACACUCCACUCUAUCCAAAACACAAAACACACACACACACGUACAAAUACAAAUACAGAUCCUGUAAAGAGAUGGACAUGUUCAAACAAUGCUCAGAAUAAUGCUGGCUUGUGAAAACGUGAGGGAAAGGGUUGCAUGGGUCAGGGAAAGGUAAGAUGCAUAUCAAUUUGGUGUGUUUAGUGCU